CUGCAUGCGGGGCUGGGUGUCCUCCAGCUUCCGCAAAAAAUCAAGACUGUCGCCGUGGUGUCAAAGCUCCUCCCAGAACAAAGGCAGUAUUUUUGCAUCGUCGCACGUUCUCACAAGAAAGCGACCAACUUCGCAGAACAAGAGUCGAAAGAACAAAAAUUAAAACAAAGUGAAGAAAACCACGUCCACCUUUUGAAAUAGCUGAGUAAGACAAAGAUACCAACCGCCCCCGAUCGAUCCUCGAGUUUAUUGAAGCAUUGGAAUGUUAGUUUGUUCUGCCCUGAGAUAGCAGCACUUAUCAAACCGAAUCAACAUGAAGCCCCCACCCCAUCAACAACAUCAAAAUGUGGCCAGUGAUGUGCCCAUGGCCACAACCAUUGAAGAACACACACCUUUGCAAGGUCUCACCGAGACGCUUCUACCGGAACUCCGCCGCGAAGUAUUGCAAUACCUGGAUGCCCAAGAUCUUGCCGAGUUGUCUUGUGUCUCCAAGCAGCUUUCUAAGGAAUGUGAGGACGAUGCACUGCCCCAGUACCGGACAGCAGUGAUCCGCUGUCCUGCACCCGCCAAAAACAAUAUGUCCAUGGCCAUGGGUUGUUAUCACAGUCUCCAUCCACUAUUGGGCGCCUUGUUGAAGAUUCCUACCAGGCAGAAUCAAUAUGCGAGCAAGUUUCCAGUCUUUGAAGAGCGCUUCACUCGCUUGCAAGCUCAAGGCAUAUGCCAUUUACCCAAAAUCAAUGCUCGGGAAGCCAAGCCAGUCGCUAAUUCUUUGAAAUUGCAACAAAUUACUCAUAUGGAUCUCUCUUCCGAUAAUAACAGCAACAACAACAAUAACAACAGCUACCCCCAAGUGGCACCUUCUAUUGGGCGCCUCAUGACACAGGUGGUUCCCAACCUGCAAGAGUUGGACCUCAGUUACAACCACGUGACUACCGCUGUUCUGGCCGAUGCUGCCAGGAACUGCCCCAAAUUGGAACGAAUCCAUCUGCAGAACGGUCUCGCCGGUGGAGUCGCUUCCAGUACGGGAAUCGAUUGGAAGAAUUGCCAUGCAUUGAAGGAGCUGCUCCUCGACGGCACGCUCUUGCAAGCAAGCAAGAGAGAAGUCACGGAAAUGUUCCAGGACGCGGACAACGUUGUCGCGUGUCCCUUGCGCUAUUGCAUGGAAAAUCUGGAACGAGUCAGUCUCAAAGGCUGUCGCCAUUAUGAUCGCUUGCCCAAGAAUGCAGUGGAUGUGGUCAGCGAGCCCUUUACUCAGCUGGGCUUGAUCAAGUUUGUACGCAACGCUCCAAACCUACGAUGGUUCCGCAGUGACUUGACAGCCGACAAUGUCAAGAUGUUGCAACAAGAACGUCCAGAGGUUAUCUUUGAAUGAAUGAUGGGUCAACUCAAGGGCCAGCCUGUCUUCCGCCACGGCGAAAAACGUCGGGAGGCAACAGUUUUUGCGAAUGGAUAUGAACAAGAAAGGAAAUAUUAUGUGCAGUAGCUAUCGAUAUUGUCGCGUGAGUGCUUGUUGGCUUGCUCGCGCUCUUCCGAGCAGCAAAUCACCACGCAGUGCGUUUUAUAAUAAUGAAUACCAAGAAAAAUAAUGCUAAAUACAUGUCAUGAUUUUGAUGAAGAACAAAGUGGCU